AUGCGGCCCAGGCUGGGGCUCUGGGUAGCGCUCCUCGCCGCGGCGGCCCUGCUGACCGUUGGCGGCGGCGGCGGGGUGGCGGCCGCGGAGGAGGCGUACGUGACGCUGCUCUACGGGGACGAGUUCGUCCUCGGCGUGCGCGUCCUCGGUAAGUCCAUCCGCGACACCGGCACCCGCCGCGACCUCGUCGUGCUCGUCUCCGACGGCGUCUCCGAGUACUCGCGGAAGCUCCUCCAGGCUGAUGGGUUUAUGGUCAAGCAUAUAACAUUGCUGGCUAAUCCUAAUCAAGUGAGACCAACAAGGUUUUGGGGUGUGUAUACCAAAUUAAAAAUAUUCAACAUGACUACUUACAGAAAAGUUGUUUAUCUCGACGCAGACACCAUUGUGGUGAAAAGUAUUGAAGAUCUUUUCAACUGUGGAAAGUUCUGUGCAAACUUGAAACAUUCUGAGAGAAUGAACUCCGGAGUAAUGGUUGUUGAGCCAUCUGAAACUCUUUUCAAUGAUAUGAUGGACAAGGUUGACAGCUUACCUUCCUACACGGGAGGGGAUCAAGGCUUUCUCAAUUCGUAUUAUGCCGAUUUUGCCAAUUCCCGUGUUUAUGAUCCCAAUAAACCUUUAAUACCUGAACCUGAAACGCAACGCCUUUCCACAUUGUAUAAUGCUGAUGUCGGUCUUUAUAUGCUUGCCAAUAAGUGGAUGGUUGAUGAGAAAGAACUCAGAGUUAUUCACUACACUCUUGGGCCUCUUAAGCCUUGGGACUGGUGGACAGCCUGGCUUGUUAAACCUGUUGUUAUAUGGCAGAACGCUAGGCAAAAUCUUGAAGAAUCUCUUCCUGGAACUGGUGGAGGGAAAAACCCACAUGAUCAGCUGGUGAUCAAAAUUCUUUUCAUUCUUCCCUUUUGCAUGCUGCUGUGUGGUUAUUAUGGAUCAUGCUUUCAGACUAAUAAGGAACUGUUGAGUAUAAGUACUUUGUGUGCUUUUGCUCAACAAGCACGCUACAAGUUGAAGUCUGAAGAGGCACUUCCAUCCUAUUCAACAGUUGGAGUUACUUCAUCUUCCUUCGGUAUAUCAAAUCAAAAGUUAUCUAAUGGAGCAUAUCUGAAGUUUCCUUCUUAUUUCAGUGCAAUCACUGUGCUGGUCUGUUUCAUUUGUGCAUCAGUAUCUCUUGUGUUUGCCUUUAUUAUAAUUCCACGGCAAGUGAUGCCAUGGACGGGUUUGCUGCUGAUGUUCGAGUGGACCUUCACGGCGUUCUUUUUGUUGUUUGGGAGUUACCUUCGUUUUGUAUACAAAUGGGGAAGUUGUAGUGCAAAUAAUGUUGGCUAUAGCAGUUUGGAUUCAUCAGAGAAUCAUACUGGCACAGGCCAUCAGCGGAAUACAUCUGACUGUGACAGAGCUUCGGCUUUCUACUGGAUGGGGAUGGCUGCCAUAUCUACUAUAGCACUAUUAUCACCAACUGUCUUCGGCAUAACUGCUAUUUUUGGAAAGCUUGGAUUGAUGGUAGCGGGUGGUGUGGUGCUGGCGUCGUUUAUGACAUACGCUUCAGAGCAUCUAGCUAUGUCGGCCUUUGUCAAGGGUCAGAGAGAUAGAUCGAAACGCCCUGAGAGGUAGAAGCAUUUUUUUUUGGAUAGU